UUGAGUCAGUCAGCUGAGGGAGGAACUCCGACAACAGAAAGUCAACCAGGAAACCGAAGCUACUAAACCGGCCCACCGCGUCGGUUUAACGGCGGUUUUUAGCGAUAAGAAUCACACAGUGUAACAGUACAGGAUUUGUCUUUUUAUAUAUUAGUCGACACAAAGCAGCGAUAUGGCUUCCCUUUUCAAGAAGAAGACAGUCGAUGACAUCAUCAAGGAACAGUCUAAGGAGCUGCGUGGCACCCAGAGACAGAUCACCAGGGACAGAUCAGCGCUGGAGAAACAAGAGAAACAAAUGGAGGCUGAAAUCAAGAAAAUGGCUAAGAGCGGUAACAAGGAGGCCUGUAAGAUUCUGGCCAAGCAGCUGGUCCAGCUGAGGAAGCAGAAGAACCGCACGUACGCCGUCAGCUCUAAGGUCACCUCCAUGUCUACGCAGACGAAGGUCAUGAACUCCCAGAUGAAGAUGGCUGGCGCCAUGGCCACCUCAGCCAAGACUAUGCAAGCAGUAAAUAAGAAGAUGGAUCCACAGAAGACCCUGCAGACCAUGCAGGACUUCCAGAAGGAGAACAUGAAGAUGGACAUGACUGAGGAGAUGAUCAACGACACUUUAGAUGAGAUCUUCGAUGAGUCCGGGGACGAAGAGGAAUCUCAGGACAUCGUCAACCAGGUUCUGGACGAGAUCGGCAUUGAGAUCUCAGGAAAGAUGGUGAGAGCUCCAGCGGCAGGAAAGAGCCUCCCCAGCGCCGCCUCCUCUAAACAGGCCACCAUCUCCGACGAUGAGAUAGAGAGACAGCUCCGAGCUCUGGGAGUGGACUAAUGGUCUUCUCUGUAUUCAUGUUCACAUUGUAAACUUGUGCAACAUUAACACUGUUUGAUACAGACUCUUUUACACACAUUGGUUUUUUAUCAUUGUUGAAAUGCUAAAGGUGUAACAAAGGGUGUACACCAACACACACACACACACACACAUUAAGACAUUCAAAGACAUGCGGGCGGACAUGUUUAUUAACACGCACAUAAUCACACUUCCUUCGGCAGGUUGCCUUACAGAUCAUUUAAGCCACAACAUCUGAUCUAUUUAUGCGAAAAUGAUAUUUAUUAACAUACUGGAGUGGCCACAGCCUAAAGGUGGACUAAUAGUAGAGUUCUGAACCACCUAUGCUGUCGUUUACUGUACCACACAUCUCCGUCUGUAUAAGGGCUACGUGUAGAGACCAUGGGACUGGCUUUUCCCAUCUUAGACGUAUCAUCUAUCAGCUUUUACGUGGCUGAAGAUGGAGGGUCUUUCCCCAGCAAGUUUUAAUAAGUAAAACACUGUAAUUAAAAACAGCUUAGGUGUUGUCAGUAACCAGAUGGAACUUGUAUUUUGCCGACUCGCACCAUUUACGCGAUCCACUUCCUCCGAGGCAAACCGUCCUCUUCUUCAUGUGCGUGUUGUUGGGGAUGAAAUAUCCCCGGCUGAAAUGGGACACAGUAGCUUUACCAUGCAAGUGAAAGGGAGACAGAGCAUCAACAGCAACCUUCUCUACACAAAUCAAGCAACUGGUCAACUAAGCUGAUUAAUGAUCAUGUUUUUAUAAAACCCUUAGGUUCGCUACCAUAGUUACUGGAGAUGAUGUAACUCAGAAAUGUGCAUGUGAGAUGUAUAGCUGACGAGGGUAAGGCCUUCACUUUACUUACAUAAGGAAACGUUAUUUACAUAAUGCAUGGACUGAUCGGAGGGCAAGCGUUUAAUUUGCACCGCUGCAGAUGUGAUGCUGUACAGAUUGUGUGGGAAAGCUUAAUCAAACACAAAUUAGGACUAAUGUAACACCGGCAUAUCGAAGAGUUUUUGAAUAGCUUGUUUGAUGCUACUGAGUAAUCAAAUUAGGUUGUUUUUUUUUCAAUUAUUAUUCUUGGUUGAUCUGAUUGUGUAUCUUGUAUUGGACAUGGGGUUUACAGUGAUUGUGGGAUGACACUGGUCCUGCAGUCCCUCCUCUCUUUCAGCUGCUGUGCAGUUACUGUCAUAUGUUAUUUAAGCUGCCUCACUCACAAGCAUACACACACACACACUACACCAUUAAAAUAAUAACUACACUGUGAUCCGAGAGAUGUUUUCUCUUCCUCGGAGCUGAAGCGUGCGCUUCUCUGCAGUGAUGUAAUGUCAGCCAGCGUCACGAGAAAGACACUGAUUAAGUUACAUUGACUCUUUGUCUCUCUCUCGCUCGCUGGCCUCUUGUUCCCACAUUGACUUCCAUUGCCAAAACAAAUUGAAAAUGUUUCCAUUCUUGCAUGCAUCUGACAUGUACAACAGACAACUCAUUGCAUUUUUGUAAAUCAUUCUUUCCACUACCUUCUAACAUCUCUUCUUCUUUUGUGAUUGUGAGCGGAAACAAUGUUUUAACAGAUUCCAACAUUGUUUGAAUGCAGUUCUAUGCUUAGGAAAUGUCCACACUUUUGUUUAAAGGUGUAUGUAUACUCCUCUUUUUUGUUUGGUCAUUGUAAAGUGACUGUAAAGGGUUGAUGGCUUUUAUAAAUGAAUAAAGUUUCUUCAGGUA